AUGUCACGGACACGCAACGCUAGGAAAACGGUCAGCACCGAUGUGGCCACCAGCAAAGCCUCCCGCCGCGCCACGCCGGCCGAGCCCAAGAUGCCCCUGACUGGUAGGAAGGCAAAGCAGCCGAGCACCACUAUCACCACACGGUCGGUGACACGCCAGAAGGGUAAAGUCGAGAAAGGUCCCGCGAUUUCUUCAAGUUCCGAGCCUCCGAAGGAACUCGACAAAUCCGAAGGGGAGCUAGUUGUCCUAGACCAAGAUCAGGUCCAGGGACCCCCAACAGGCGUGGAUCCCACGCUGCACUUGACCGAGGAAUGGUACAACAACCCCUUGAUCGUCAAUCGGCUACGGGACUGGCACCGAGAGAUUGCAUCCCUUCGUCGGACUGUGCACUCCGUCUCUAUCACAAGCUUCUGGCCAAAGGUCCAGGCAUUUGUCCGCACCAUCGCGUCCCGCCAGUUCCCCAAUCGUGUCGGCUGGAGGACUCUCAACGCCGAGAAUAAGGCCAUGAUGCAGACUUGGACGCCGGAGGCGAAGGAAUACCUGGAUAGAAACCCAAAGGUCAUGCUUGAAGCAUGGCUUUGGCGAAUUCUGGUUGAAGAUGUGUUUGAGGGCCCGGGAGGACCAGGUUGGGAGCCGUAUUCCGAGCUUCUUCACAAGAUACAGCAUUGGCGAGAGGUGAUGGCGCGUCGGAUAAAGGGCAGGGCCAUGCUUUGGCGCUGCCUGACCAUGAAGCUUAUGGGGGCGCUCUCGGACACAAACUCCCGCUAUACCGUCGAUUACGUUACCAGGCUCGUCACCCGGAAGUUGGGGCGCUGGAUGAAACCCCGCAGUAAUGCCGGGAAGAACAGCCUACAAGCAGACCUUCAACAUCUCGCAGAGUUUACCAUCCAGAUGGACUGGCACCUCCACUGCAACCAUCAAAUGUUCGAGUUCCGAUUCCACGAUCCCACGUCCAAGAAGGCCCAUGGAUUUCCUUACAAGGAAUCGCCGACUAUGAAGCUACACAUUACCGAGUUGGACGGACGGGACAAGCAAGGACACCUCGUGAAUUUGAUUGUGCAGCCUUCGCUCUCCGUCUGGGGCGAUCCUUCAAGGCCAGUAGAAGAAUGGGGCUCGCUUUGGUCUCGAAACAUCAGCAACAUGAACAUGACGGUCGACAUGUCCCUCUAA